UCUGUGGGCGGGGCUUGGUAGACGUCUCCUAUUGCAUCAUCACCCUCGUCCCAUGGACUGACUUGUUUGUUGUCGAGCAAGAUGGAGUUCCUUCUGGGAAAUCCUUUCAGUACCCCGGUGGGUCAUUGUAUCGAGAGAGCCACUGAUGGGUCCCUGCAGAGUGAAGACUGGACCCUCAACAUGGAGAUCUGUGACAUCAUCAAUGAGACAGAGGACGGGCCGAAGGAUGCGAUGAGAGCGGUGAAGAAGCGGCUGAGCGGCAACAGGAACUACAGGGAAGUGAUGCUGACUCUAACGGUUCUGGAGACGUGUGUGAAGAACUGCGGCCAUCGUUUCCACGCCUUGGUGACCAGUAAGGACUUUGUGGACGGCGUCCUAGUUAAAGUCAUCUCUCCUAAGAACAACCCGCCCACCAUCGUUCAAGAGAAAGUCCUGGCUCUGAUCCAGGCUUGGGCCGAUGCAUUCAGGAGCAGCCCGGACCUCACAGGUGUGGUCCAGGUGUACGAGGAGCUGAAGAGGAAAGGCAUCGAGUUCCCCACCUCAGAGCUGGAGACGCUGUCGCCCAUCCACACCCCUCAGCGGGCGGCGUCGGCUCCAGAGGGCGACUCCACGCUCCACAAGUACAGCAGCAGCAGCAGCAGCAGCAGCAGCAAGGCUAAAGCUGCGCCGCAGCCCGUCCCACCAGCCUACAGCGCGCCGCAGGCCCCCAGCCUGCAGCCGGGGGGCGCCGUCACCCCCAGCCCUGAGCAGAUUAGCCGGCUCCGCAGCGAGCUGGACGUCGUCCGUGGAAACACCAAGGUGAUGUCAGAGAUGCUGACGGAGAUGGUUCCAGGGCAGGAGGACGCUUCAGACUACGAGCUGCUGCAGGAGCUGAACAGGACGUGUCGAGCCAUGCAGCAGAGGAUAGUGGAGCUCAUCUCCUGCGUCUCCAACGAGGCGGUGACCGAGGAGCUACUGCACGCCAACGACGACCUCAACAACAUUUUCCUCCGCUAUGACAGGUACGAGCGGUUUCGGUCCGGCAGAUCCUCGGCUCAGAGUGUCAACAACGGGCUGAGACAGGUGCUCAGUGAGGCCACAGAGGACAACCUGAUUGACCUUGGACCCGGCUCGCCCGCAGUGGUCAGCAACAUGCCCAGCGCCGCUCCGUCCAGCCUGCCGCCCGCCCUGAGCAGCGCUGCAGGGAGGCCCUCGUCCCCGGCCUCCCCGGCCUCUCUGGCCUCCCGCCUGGCCGGUUUAGACGUGGGCGCCGACAGCGUCAGUAGCACUCUGAGCGCGCUCAGCAGCUGCAAGCCGGCGGCAGCGCAGGACGACUUCGACGUGUUCGCUCAGACCCGGAGCGGCGCGCUGGCAGAACCACACAGAACGCCGUCAGCAGCAGACGCUGCAGCGGACGGCCCUCCACCCACGCUGGACGUCCAGCAGCCGGCUGCUGCAGGCGCGGGCCAGCAGCGUCAGUCCUCUGUCAUGGAUGACAUAGAGGAGUGGCUGAGCACCGAUGUGAAAGGAGACGAAGGAGAGGAAGGCGUGACCAGCGAAGAGUUCGAUAAGUUCCUGGAGGAGCGGGCCAAAGCCGCCGAGACCGGCCCGCCGUCGCCCCCCAGUGGCGCGACGCAGGGAACGCCCAGCAGAAAGAAGACGGGGAGACAGGAAGACGCUCUGCUGGCCAUGUAGACCAUCAGCCCCCGCCGACACCCCUACGUCUCCGGACCAGAAUGGCUGCAGCCCAGAGACGUCCAGGUCACCCACUUCCUGCUUCCUGUUUCCUACUUCCUGUUUCCAGACGUUUUCAGUAACUCUGAGGCAGGACGGCCCUCAGAUCAGCGUUGGGUUUGUUUUAGCUGCUCCUCAGCAGAACCGACCCAUUUGGUUCUGUAGGACUGACCGUCCUCUCUGAUGUUUGUCCUAGUCAAAUCAUCUCCAAGUUGGUUUGUAAAUGUGUAAAUGUUUGGUGUAUAUUUGGCUCCGUGUUUCAGAGUCACUGGUUUAAUUAGUUUCUGUUCAGAACAAAAAGGGAAAACC